AGGGCAUCGGGGGCCCUGAGCCGGACUAGGACGCCCCUGGAGCCAGAAUCGGAGCCGGAGCCGGAGCCGGAACCAAAGCACCGGUACCGGCCCCCUAAAUCCAGGAGGCGCCCUGGCCUGCGCUCGCCCCCCAGGGCCUCAUGUCGGAACAACAGCCUGUCCUGGAGCCGCCCCAACAUGGGCUGUACAUGCUCUUCCUGCUUGUGCUGGUCUUCUUCCUCAUGGGCCUUGUAGGCUUCAUGAUCUGCCACGUGCUCAAGAAGAAAGGCUACCGCUGCCGCACGUCUAGGGCCUCCGAGCCUGACGACGCCCAGCUCCAGCCCCCUGAGGACGAUGACGUGAAUGAGGACACAGUAGAGAGGAUUGUUCGCUGCAUCAUUCAAAAUGAAGCCAAUGCUGAGGCCUUAAAGGAGAUGCUGGGGGACAGUGAAGGAGAAGGGACAGUGCAGCUCUCCAGCAUGGAUGCCACCUCCAGCCUGCAAGACGGAGCCCCCUCCCAUCACCACACAGUGCAUCUGGGUUCUUCAGCCCCUUGCAUCCACUGCAGCCGCAGCAAGAGGCCCCCACUUGUGCGUCAGGGCCGCUCCAAGGAAGGAAAAAGCCGCCCCCGUGCUGGGGAGACCACUGUAUUCUCUGUGGGCAGGUUCCGGGUGACACACAUUGAGAAGCGCUAUGGGCUACACGAGCAUCGUGAUGGUUCCCCCAUGGACAGGAGCUUGGCCUCUGGUGGGGGGCAGGACCCAAAGGGUGGUCAGGGGUCUGAGGGAGGCCAGCCCAGGGCAGGGAUGCCUGCCAUCGAGAGGCUGCCUCGUGAGGAGUUGCAGCCUCAGGUCCUAGCCAGCCCCCCAGUGCAGAAUGGAGGACUCAGGGACACCAACCUUAUCCCUUGUGCACAUGACGGGAACCCUGGAACCUCUGCAGAGCUGACAUUGGGGGCCAGAGGGAAGGGCCCAAGCCCAAAGCUGCCCAGUCAAAGGGCCAAUGAACAGCCAAGCAAAUUGGACACCUCAGAUCAUCAGGUGUCUCCAUCACAGGAAGCAGAGGGUAUAUGAGGUGAGUCUACCUGAGCCCCAAAUCAGAUGAUCUUUCCCCCAACUUAAACUCCCUAAGCUCAUCAGCUCUCAGUGCCCUGAACUCCCAGGGUGAAGUGCAGCUUUGGCCUGUGCUACAAAUUCCUUGGCUGGUGGUGGGGAGUGGGUAUGUUCUUCAGCAGAUAGGGAAGGACUUAGAAAAGUUCGGAUAGAGCUUGAACAAGAAGCAACACUGUUCCCCUUCCUCUCCUCCAAGCCUCUUCCUUCAUUGUACUGAUGGACUACCAGCGGGCAGGGCCAGGGGGAGUGGACAUGAAGGCCCUCCCCUUCACUAGAUGGCACUGCCCCCCGGUUGAGGGCCCAGCUCUACUUCCACCUGGAGUUGCAUGGUCUCAGCCUGGGGGACCACUGGAGAAGUUACCCACACUCCUGGACCCGCACUCUUUUCCACAUCCCUUAUCUGCCAAUAGGUCACCUGGCCUGCCUUCCCCAAUACCUAGCUCCAUACGCUCGAGCGUGGCAGCUGGGACCAGGCCCCCUUGGUGGGUCCCUAAAGCAAUAGCACCUUAGGCAUCCUGCCCUCUUGGCACAAGAGGUCCAGGGCCUGACUUGGCCUUUGUGCCCUUUAUUCACUGUCAAUAAAUCCGCUCAGACCAUUA